AUACGCAGCUAGGAGGUCCUUGUUGUUCCUAGUAGAAGACAUGUUAAAACGAUGGUAUACGCUUGCGGGUUGUAAUAUUUGUUUCAGAUAAUUAAUUGGAUAUAGUUGACAUUGUAACAAGUAUUGUGUGUAUAUAUAUAUAUAUUUUUUAGACACUAAGCAUUUUCAGUUUGCACAGCCGUAUCGAGGGCGUGUAGAAUGUCGGACGUGUGUUGCCAAGUACAUGAAAGAAAAAACACUUCGGAAUCCUCCCAGGAUAAGGAGCAUCCUAGGAUUUUGAUUCCUGAGCUCUGCAGACUUUUCUACCACCUAGGAUGGGUGACUGGUACCGGGGGAGGAAUAAGCCUUCGACAUGGAAACGAGAUAUAUAUUGCCCCCUCUGGAGUCCAGAAGGAGAGGAUACAGUCGGUGUCAUGGGUAUGCCUGGAGCCAAUCGUAGACAGCAAGCCAGACGACCUGUUUGUAUGUGACUUAGAGGAGAGGGACCUGCGUUGCCCAUCACCAUCAAAGAAAUUGAAGAAAAGUCAGUGCACACCUCUGUUUAUGAACGCAUACACCAUGAGAGAUGCUCGAGCAGUGAUACAUACGCAUUCAAAGGCUGCAGUGAUGGCAACUUUGCUGUUUCCUGGCAAUGAAUUCCACAUCACUCACCAAGAAAUGAUUAAGGGGAUCCGGAAGGGGAACACUGGCACAAACUACAGGUAUGAUGAGACCCUGGUGGUGCCCAUCAUAGAAAAUACCCCAGAGGAGGUGGACCUGAAGGAGCGAAUGGCUCAGGCUAUGGAGAAAUACCCAGACACUUGUGCCAUCCUUGUGCGGCGUCACGGGGUUUAUGUCUGGGGUGAAUCCUGGGAAAAAGCAAAAACUAUGUGUGAGUGCUAUGACUACUUGUUUGAUAUUGCACUACAGAUGAAGAUGUGUGGUCUUGACCCUUCUGUGCUCCCACAAGCACAGAACGACACAUGCUGACCUGCAAGAGAAGGCUCAAACUUUAACACUUUAAAGUGAAAUGUUUUUAUAAAUACAGCAGGAAAUGAGGAUUAACUUCUUCAAAAAGUUUAAAAGUCCUAACCAAAUACACAGGGAUAGUUACAUUUUUUCAUGGUAUUCUUUGAAAUCUGAAUUGCAUAGUGAGAAAUGCACUUUUGCUUAAAUUCAUGAAGUGUGCAUCAUUACUUCCUCAUAAAUGCGCCACAGUGACUGAGUGUGUCCAACAGCAAGGACGGGAAGGAUUAUGAUUGUCUUGGAAUGCGCAUGUACUACUGAAAGCGCAAUAAUCUUUAGACUUAUUUUUUUUAACUUGUAUUAAAUGUUGAAAAGAAACCAUCAUUAAAAUUGCAAAGCUGGCA